AUGUCUACCUCGCGGAUGCCGAUAACGACCUUCAUCCGGCUCCUCUGCCUGAGCCUCUUCCUCGCGAUCGCCAACUGCCAAACCUCCACAACCCUCGUCACGGCGACCACAACCGUAACCUCCAGCGCGACCGACAAUGGCGGUGCCUGCAACGAUUUUGUAGGCGCAUGCGUCGUCUAUGGCGGACCUGGAGGGGCAUACACAACAACCGUCUACGCGGCCUCGAGUCCCCGGCCUACAGUCGUUACAGCGACAACCACAACGACAGUUACAUAUAUUCCAGCAGAACAGGCGACAACAGGAGCCGUGAGCGCGUGUCAAAAUUACGAAGGCGCGUGUGUUGUGUAUGGGACAAAUGCUCAAGGAUCGGCACAAUACACUACGACCGUGUUUGCAGGAGCGAGUAAUAGCGGGCAGAACAAUGGCAAUAAUGGAGGAGCAGGCUUGAUCGGCGGCAGCAACGGGAACGGUGAUGGAUAUAUCGGUCCUUCUGGAGCUGCGAGUCUGAGUACACCGGUGGCAUUGUCGUUGGCAUCGCUGCUGAUUGUGAAUCUGGGAUUCUUGGUCUGGAUGUAG